AUGCCCGAUGAGUUCCUUGCUAGGAACCCCCCCCCGCUCUGGCUCACUCUCUACCACAUCGUCACCCGCCUCCCUGACUCUCUGCGCGCAGUCAGGGAUCACUUCCUAGCUCGCUGCCCCACUGAGCUCACCAUUGCCCUCCUCGAGAAGGAACUACUUGCAGCUGAGGCGAGCAUCGUCGCUGUAGGUGCCUCUCGUGGCGACCCCCGCACCCCUUUCUUUGAGGGGUGUUCCCCUUCCCCCCUUCUUCCCUCUGUAGCCUCUGCUUCUGCUGUCGACCUCCUUGGUGCUGAGAAGGUCGGGACUGCGUCCGCUCCGAGCGGGCGCCGCAGGAGCAGAGGGGGCAAGGGAGGCGGAGGUGACGGCGGGGGAGGCGGGGGAGGUGGGGGUGAAGGCGGUGGGAGUGGUGGUGGGGCUGGAGGGACGAAUGGCAGCGGUGGGGGUGGUGACGGGGGCGGUAGCAGGGGCGGGGGCGGUGGCGGGGGCGGCGGUGGUCGCGGCGGCGGCAGGGGAGCGGGUGGUCGAGGUGGUGGCGGCGGCGGUGGUGGUCGUGGAGGCGCUGGCGGUGGCCAGAGCCAGCAGCACACUCCGUCGCUCCAGGAGGCCCGUGAGUGGUAUUCGCAGCGCGGGGGGGCGGGUGGCUUUAGCUGCACGUACGUCAUCCGCACUGGUGACCGCACUGGUCAGACGUGUGGGAGGCCGCACCCCACGCAGCGCUGUUUCUCUCGCCUUGACGACGCUUGGCGCACUCAGUUCCCUGAUGCCACUGAGCUAUCCCGCUGGGCUGAUCUGAUGAGGAAGGGAGUUGAUAUCUAUGCACUAGACUUUGAUGCUAUUCUCACUGCCAUGUAUGUGAUGUUUACUAGUGGAGAGGGUGCUCAGUACCUGCGUGUUCCGCCCGACCCGGGCAUUCGGACCAGUGAGGCUGCCGCUCUAGGUGCUAGUGAGACUGCCACUCCAGGUACUCGCGUGUCUGCUACCUCAGGUGCUGGUGAGGCUGCUGCUCUAGGUGCUAGUGAGUCUGUGCCCCCUGGUACUGAGUCGACUGCGGCACUGCACACCUUCACACUGGACUCAGGUGCUUCUCGCUGUUUCUUUCGUGACCGCACUGUCCUUGAGCCACUCGCUCGGCCAGUUGCUGUCUCCCUCGCUGACCCCUCUGGGGGUCCGGUCGUUGCGACCUCCUCCACUGUCCUUCCUUGUCCUGCGGUCCCGUCGGGCACACUGUCGGGUCUCCACCUCCCCUCGUUCUCUACGAACUUGGUGGCGGGUUGUGCGCUCCAGGACGGGGGUGUUCACCAGUUCACCCCUGCCUACGAGCGCGUGACGCACUGCACGUGUGCUCGGACGGGCCGUCACCUGGCUACCUUCACUCGGCAGCCGGGGUCGGACCUGUACACACUGACCACUGAGUCCCCUCAGGUAGCUGUGUCUGCGUCUGCGUCAGGUCAGCUGUCGGCCCCCUGCUCGUGUCGCUCUCUGGCGCACGAGACCGUCCUCUGGCACCACCGACUUGGUCACCCGUCUGUGCAGCGCCUUCGUGCCAUGCACAAACGGUACCUUGUCUCUGGUCUUCCCAGGGUUCUCCCUCCCCUCCCACCCUCGCCUGCUCCUCCCUGUCUUCCCUGUGUCGAGGGGCGGCAGCGCGCCGCUCCUCACUCCUCCUCGUUUCCCCCGACGACUGCUCCCUUACAGGCGCUCCACAUGGACGUGUGGGGCCCAGCCCGCGUCUGUGGACAGGGUCAGGAGAGCAGAGCUCGUCUCCAGCUCAGCGAGCGUUUCCGCUCGGACUUUCCUGUCCUGCGUUUGCACUCUGACAGAGGUGGUGAGUUCUCCUCCGACCUCCUGGCAGCCUACUGUGCGGAGCACGGCAUUGAGCAGUCGUUCACGCUUCCGGCCUCUCCACAGCAGAAUGGGGUUGCUGAGCGCCGCAUUGGCUUGGUCAUGGAGGUCGCUCGUACCUCCUUGAUCCAUGCGGCUGCCCCCCACUUUCUGUGGUCGUUUGCGGUCCGAUACGCUGCGCAUCAGCUCAACCUCUGGCCCCGUAUCUCCUUGCCGGAGACUUCCCUGACACUACGUUGGACGGGAGAGUUUUACCACGUCACCUCGCGCCGUGUCCUGUCCUCUCAGGACGUCACUUUCGACGAGUCCGUCCCCUACUACCGCCUCUUCCCCUACCGCACUGCCCCGCUCCCCCCCCCGCCGCUCUUCCUCGCUCCAGGUGCUGCUGUGCUAGUCCCUCUCCCCCCUCAGGGUGCCGCUCCCUCAGGUGUGUCCCAGGUAGACCCGGUUGAGCCUGUCGAGGUAGCUGUCGACUCUCGUCCUACUAGGGGUGCUGAGCCUGCGAGUGCGGAGCCUGGGGGUGCUGAGCCUGAGGGUGCGGAGCCUGGGGGUGCGGAGCCUGGGGGUGCGGAGCCUGGGGGUGCGGAGUCUGGGGGUGCUGAGUCUGGGGGUGCUGAGCCUGGAGGUGCUGAGCCUGGGGGUGCUGAGUCUGGGGGUGCUGAGUCUGGAGGUGCUGAGCCUGGGAGUGCUCCACCUGGAGGAGCCCUCUCCUCGCAGCAGCUGCAGGAGAGCCUUCGGAGUGGCGCUCCUGGUGUCGCGGACCCUGGAGUUGGCGCUGUGGCUGGUGUUGAGGACCCGGGCGUUGGAGCUGCUACUGGUGCUGGCGACCCUGGAGUUGGCGCUGUGGCUGGUGCUGAGGACCCGGGCGUUGGAGCUGCUACUGGUGCUGCGGACCCUGGAGUUGGCGCUGUGGCUGGUGCUGAGGACACGGGCGUUGGAGCUGCUACAGGUGCUGAGGACCCUGGAGUUGGCGCUGUGGCUGGUGCUGAGGACCCGGGCGUUGGAGCUGCUACUGGUGCUGCGGACCCUGGAGUUGGCGCUGUGGCUGGUGUUGAGGACACGGGCGUUGGGCCUGCUGCUGGUGCUGCGGACCCUGGAGUUGGCGCUGUGGCUGGUGUUGAGGACACGAGCGUUGGAGCUGCUGCUGGUGCUGCGGAGCCUGGAGUUGGAGCUGCUGCUGGUGCUGAGGACCCUGCCGCUGGUGUCUCUGCUGGUUCUGGAGACACUACGCGGCCGCGACCGUACUUCGUGCCGCUCCUUCAGCAGGUUCUUGGUCAGACUCCUCCUCCUUGUCCUUCUCCCUCCUUAGAGUGUCCUCCACCUGUCCAGUCGCAGUCACAGUUACCGCCUGCCUCGCCUCUCCCUGGUCCUUCUCCUUACACUGGUCCCACAGGAGGUCUUACGGAGCGUCGUGAGCCUGAGUCUCGUCCUGUGUCGCCUGCGUCUCGCUCUGCGUCACCUGUUAGUGCUGCUCGCACUGGUCGUCGUGUCCCACGUCAGCGUCCUCCUGCUGUCCCAGGCACUCACCAGAUGGUGCUCCGUCGCUCCACUGCUCCCCAGCGUGUCCCUCUGCCGUCUCCUCCUGCGUCCUCUCUUCCUACUCUUCCUGACCCGGAGUCUGACUCCCUUCGGGCUGCCAGUCCCACUGUCACGCGUCUCCUCGCCACUGUUGUCACUGACCCUACCUUUGAGUCCUCUGCUGCGUCUGCUCUGGUCGCUGAGUUGGUUGACUUUGCUGCCAGGUGUCGUCUAGACUACGCCGCUAGCCUUGUUGCUGAGUCUGAGUCUGUCUGUCCUCCGUCCGUCGGGGGUGAGUGUGCUCUUGGCACGGACGUCCUUGAGGACAAACAGGAGGAGUUCCAGUGCUUUGCUGCUGUCGGAAUCAAGAGACAGGAAUGA